AUGGCUAUGCGAAGGCCCUCGAAUGUCGUAAAUCUCAAUCGAUUGCGGCAAUCUUUUCGAAAAGGGGCACUCCAAUUGAGCAACUCAAUACGAGAAGAGGCACGUCAAGGUUUGCAGAAAGUACGCAAAGUACCGCGAUGGGUUCGAAUUUUGAGAACGAUUUAUCACGACUACGGUCUCAAACAUAUUUGUCUAAUCUCGAUUCUCAUUUUGUAUCAAUUUUUUGGCGCUGCUGUUUUCUACUAUUAUGAGAAAGAAGCCGAUGAAAUUAGGGAGAGAAAUUGGGAAAUUGAAAUACGGGAAAAUCGUACGGUGUUGAUUUCUAGAAUAAUUCCAUUGUUGUUCAAUAACACCGAAUAUCUCUUCUUUCUCACGCAUAAUCAAACAAUAGAGGUUUCCAACAAGUUGGGCGAAGAGUUGGUGAAAUACGAAAUCCAACUCGGCAUUAAACACACCGAUCAGAAAAUCCCGUGGGAUUUCUGGAAUGCAAUGCUUUAUGCACAGACGAUUUGCACAACGAUCGGCUAUGGUCAUCUCUACGCAACAACUUUCGAAGGCCGUUUAUUCACAAUGAUCUACGCGAUUUUUGGGAUCCCUUUAGUCCUUUCAAUUCUCGAUGAUCUAGGAAAAUUGCUGACAAGAUGCCUGAAAACGCCGUGGUGGCUGGUGAAAUGCGUAUGCCGACGGGCUUUCCGUUACUGCACAAAACAAACGAUGGAUGAGAUCAAACGACUGGACGCUGAGGAUAAGAGAGAUCUCGAGAUUUUCGACUUACCGGUACCGAUUGCUAUUGGCGUCGUUGUCGCCUGGAUAUUCAUUUGCUCAGCGACUUUUUGUAUUUGGGAGAGCGAAUGGGACUAUUUUGUGGCUUUCUACUUUUUCUUUAUUUCCCUGUCGACAAUCGGUUUAGGUGAUAUCACUCCGACCCAACCGCGUUACCUCUUGAUGCUUUUUAUCUACAUCAUUAUUGGUCUUUCACUAGUUUCCAUGUGUAUCAAUUUGAUUCAGGCUAAACUUGAGCGAACUUAUGAAGCCGGUCGUAAACGUCAUCAUCCACAUUUUGAUCGGGAAGGCGGCCUUCUUUUAGAUGCCGGUAGAGUGGGCGAUGAACGACAUUUAACGAGAAGAGGAAGUGCUUUAGGAGUCUUUCGCACAUCAAGCUCCGUGAAUUCAAUGUCACGAGACGCCGUGCAGACGGCUCUUCAUGGAAAGAAGCGUUACAAUAAGACUUGCCAAACCGUUCUUUCAUUUCCAUCACCGACGAAAGGAUCUCUCGGGAUCACGAGAAGCAUACGAAAUGCAGGGAUGAAAUUCCUCCCCCGGUCUCUGUCUAUCGAUGACGUGAUGAAGCUUGUCGACACCGAGGAAGGUUAUCAC